AUGGAAAUCUCUACUCUCGCCACGUACCACUGCCUUGCUUUUGUCUGGUACUUUUUUGUUGCCUACUCCAUCACACACGUGAAAACAGAGGAGCGGCCAUCUGAAGUGUUCCUUUAUGGUGGGCAGUGGAAAUAUUUGACAGUCCUCAAUCUGGUUUUGCAGGCUGUCUUCUAUGGGGUGUCCUUCCUGGCUGAUGUGUUGAGACUAAUUAAGAAACUGCGAUGUGCUAAGUGCAUAAUUUCCAGCAGAGACCUUCUUUUCAGUGUCCUGGCUUUCCCAGUGUCCACAUUUGUGUGUAUAUCCUUUUGGACACUGUAUACCUACAACCGAGAGCUGGUUUACCCCAAAAGCCUUGAUGGAGUCAUCCCGCUCUGGUUAAAUCAUGCUAUGCACACGGCUGUAUUGCCAUUUGCUCUCCUGGAAAUCCUUGCCUUGCCGCAUCGUUACCCAGCAAAGAAGAAGGGAUUGAUCCUACUGGGAUUUGUCGCUUUUCUGUAUAUCAGUUGGGUCUUGUGGAUUUAUUCUGUAACAGGAGAGUGGGUAUAUCCUCUCUUUGCUUUGUUCAACCCCCCUGGACUAGCAGCCUUUUUUGCCGGUAGCCUUGCCAUCAUUGUCGCCUUCUACAACUUUGGAGAGUUCCUCAACCGCAUGAUAUGGGGAGAUUCAAUAGUAAUACUGGACCACAAGUGGAAAGGCAAGUGA